GACACUGACUGUUACAAUAACACUACAGCAACUACUGGGCUUUUACAGAGCAACACAGAGGCAGUAACAGACUUUAAGUAUAAAUUUACUUGUUUUUUUUUAGCGUGGAAGAAACAAAUAACCCUACAGUAUUAACACUACAAGUAGUGAAAGUUGUUUUCAAGGUUGUUUAUUGACCAAAUGAUGACUGCCAAGACCGUAGACAAAAUUCCAGUAACUCUCAGUGGUUUUGUGCAUCAGCUAUCCGAAAACAUUUACCCUGUGGAUGACAUCGCUACCACAUUGCCAACUUCGGUCACAAUCUUCCCCAAUGCUGAUUUAGGAGGACCGUUUGACCAGAUGAGCAGUGUGACAGGAGAUGGAAUGAUCAAUAUUGACAUGGGUGACAAGAGGUCCCUGGAUCUGCCUUAUGCCAGCAGCUUUGCCCCAGCAGUUUCUGCUUCCCGCAAUCAGACUUUUACCUACAUGGGCAAAUUCUCCAUCGACCCUCAGUACCCAGGAGCCGGCUGCUAUCCGGAGGGGAUCAUUAACAUCGUGAGCGCUGGGAUCCUGCAGGGGGUCAGCACCCCCUCUUCAUCGGCCACUUCUUCCUCCACAGCCUCUUCUGCCUCCCCCAACCCGCUGGCCAGCAGCGCUCUGAGCUGCAGCAUGGCUCAGAACCAGCCCGGAGACCUGGAGCACCUGUACUCACCUCCGCCUCCCUACUCGGGCUGCGGGGAGCUCUACCAGCAGGACCCCUCCUCUGCUUUCCUGCCCGCCUCGGCCGGGGGCUCUCUGCCCUACCACCCGCCCCCGUCCUACCCUUCCCCCAAAGCGGCCGCGGACGGCGGGAUCUUCUCUAUGAUCCCGGAUUACCCGGGUUUCUUCCCGCCCGCUCAGUGCCAGCGGGAGCUGCACGCCCCGCCCGAGCGCAAGCCCUUCCCGUGCCCCCUGGACUCCCUCAGGGUCCCGCCGCCGCUCACGCCGCUCUCCACCAUCCGCAACUUCACCCUGGGCGGGCCGGGGGCCGGGGCAGCAGGGGGAAGCGGGGAAGGCGGCCGGCUGCCCGCCAGCGCCUACAGCCCGCACAACUUGCCCCUGCGGCCCAUCCUGCGGCCCCGCAAGUACCCGAACCGGCCCAGCAAGACGCCGGUGCACGAGCGGCCCUACCCGUGCCCGGCAGAGGGCUGCGACCGCCGCUUCUCCCGCUCGGACGAGCUAACGCGGCACAUCCGCAUCCACACCGGCCACAAGCCCUUCCAGUGCCGCAUCUGCAUGCGCAACUUCAGCCGCAGCGACCACCUCACCACCCACAUCCGCACGCACACGGGCGAGAAGCCCUUCGCCUGCGACUUCUGCGGCCGGAAGUUCGCCCGCAGCGACGAGAGAAAGCGCCACACCAAGAUCCACCUGCGCCAGAAGGAGAGGAAGGGCGCUGCCGCCCCCUCCUCCUCCAGCGGGACCAGCGCCCCGGCCGCGCCCCCGCCAGGCGCCGUGUGCAGCAGCAGCGCCGUCGGCUCGGGGAGCCUGGCUGCCUGCGCCUCCAGGACCAGGACGCCCUGAGGCAGCCCCCCUGCGCGCGCACUAUCGCCUGCUCCCCGGGCGCCACGGCAUAGCGCCGAGCGCUGCCCGGCCAGGCCCGGCCCGCCCUCACACCUCCCGCCCCGGCCGCCGGAGAGGGGCUGGAUCCAGCCGCAGAGGGGCUGAGGACUGACUCUGCAGAGCGCGGCCUGGCCAGCACGGGGGGGACCGUGUAUGCUCGGCUGGCGGCGGCCUGAACCGCUGUGCACUUUAUAGCUUCGUUCACUGCCUUGGGGCUGAUGUGCCGUGAGGAGGAAGCGGGGACGGGCACACGCUCUGGGGCCCUUGACUAGGAAUCCAAGUGGUUGCGUGUAAAUGUAAAUCCUUUCAGCAAUAUCAGUGCAACUAACUUGGAGCACAGAAGUGCAAUCUGAUGGGACGGGACAAGGGACAGGUGGUUUCCAGAGUUUUAAAUGGCUAUUUUUCAGCGUAUAUUCACUCCGAUUUUGUGUAUUUUUUGAUGUGCACUGUUGAGUUCUCAGCCUUUGGGGAAGGGGGGAGGCAAAGCAUUUAUGUGAUCUAUCAAAAUGAGCGUCAGAGAAGUUAAUUUAUUGAAGGUGGGAUGUACGUAUAUUCUCUGCUGUUAGGAUGCAUGCAAACGUGUUGAAGUGUCCUUGGUGCCUUGUGUGAUGUAGACAGUGUUUCAGUGUCUGCAUGUAAAUGGGUUGCCUUAUUAAUUACGACAGAAACGUGUUCAGUCCCUGAUCUUAGUAUGGCUGUACAUUUCUGCACAUUAAUAUUUGUAUUUUUUAGAAACUAUAUUUUUGUAUGCACUGUUUUUGUGACUUAAAAGUGUUACAUUUGUAGUCAGAUUUCAGAUGAGGAUGUAAAUAAUUUUGCUAGAGUUGGCACAUCAAUUGUCCGCUCGGAACAAUAGCUGAAAUAGGAAUGGUAUAGUCUAAUAAUACACAACCACUCACCAGAACUCAAAGGAGAGAUGGUUUCUUUAUGAGUAUUCUGUAAAUAAAUACUUUUUCAACAAUA